GCUCUAGAACGGAUAGAACCUCGUGGAUGAAUUGAUGGAUGGAUUGAUGGAUGGAUGGAUGGAUGGAUGGAAGGAAGGAAAUUUACUUAAAUGGCAACCUCAGAUAAUUUUUUUCCUACCGAAGAUUCAUUAGAUCUGACCGCUUAUCAACUUUGUAAAAAAUAAUAUAUUCCCUCACUGACGAUGGAGAACUGACAGAGAGUGAUUUUUAAAUUUACCGUUCUAUAGUUUUUACAAACGAUUUCAGAUGCUAUUCGUUUCUCUGUCUGUAUUUUAUGUAGACAGGGGGUGGUGCUGUCAUUAUAGACGCAAGAUAGAUUGGGUCAAAUUUCUAUAUGUAGCUGGAGGUCUGUGACAAAGGGAACGGACACAAGCAGCAAUUAUGUGUUUGUCUAACACUAAUUUCUAUAACGACGGAUUUCACAUCGCUGACUAAGACGUUCCAUAGCUUGUUAAGUUAAAAUAUAGACUCUUCCCUCGUAUAUACACAGAAAAGUGCUUCGGUAAAUAACAAAGAAAAUAACAUAACAAUAUGUAAGAGAUAUAUUUCUGAGUUAAGCUCUCGGAAAUAAAAUAUUCGUUUCUACGACAUAUGAAAUGAAGCGGCUCUCACUAGUCCCGUCUAUCGGUUAGAAACCGAAAAUAAAUAUUGGAGCAGAGACGCUGGUGCUGCUGCAGUUUUUUUUUUGCUUACCACAUAUGUCGAGAUGAAUUAGUUAUUUAAAAAUAAAACCGAACGAAAACUGUACCAGUAACUGGGAAUACAAGCAAAAGGAAUAAAGUACAAUCACAGGGACCAAUGGGACCAGACUUUAUGGAAGAAAAAUGUGGCAAAUACCGAGUCUAUCACCGUGACAGACAGAUCCUCUCCAGGCAGUCUCUGGCCAAGGUUAGGCGUGGGCCUGCCUACAUUUUCAAUGAACCGUACAACAACCUCUCCGUGACGGAGGAGCACUUCCUGGAGGCGGCAGAGUAUGGAAAUAUUCCUCUAAUACGCAAGAUGCUGGAGGAACUGCCAGAUCUCAAUGUUAAUUGUGUGGACUACAUGGGCCAGAAUGCAUUGCAGCUUGCUGUGGCCAAUGAGCAUUUGGAAGUUAUGGAACUACUACUGAAGAAGGACAACUUAGCCCGGAUAGGGGAUGCUCUGUUACUGGCAAUCAGUAAAGGAUAUGUGCGAAUCGUGGAGGCCAUUUUAGGACACAAAGCCUUCGCUGGUUCCUGGAGACUGACUACCAGUCCCAGCCAGGCAGAAAUGCACGAUGACUUCUUUGCUUACGAUGAGGACGGGACUCGAUUUUCCCACGACAUAACGCCUAUCAUUCUGGCCUCUCAUUGCCAAGAGUUUGAGAUUGUCCAUAUCCUUCUGAGAAAGGGCGCGCAAAUCAAUCGCCCCCAUGACUACUUCUGCCAGUGCAAAACCUGCAACUACCAUAGGAAAUAUGACUCGUUCAGUCACUCACGGUCACGAAUUAAUGCUUACAAAGGUCUGGCAAGCCCCGCCUACCUUUCGCUAUCAAGUGAGGAUGCUGUGUUGUCAGCCUUGGAGCUAAGCAAUGAACUGGCUGUUUUAGCCAAUAUAGAGAAGGAAUUCAAGAACGAUUACAAGAAAUUAUCUUUGCAGUGUAAAGAUUUUGUUGUGGGUCUUUUGGAUUUGUGUCGAAACACAGAAGAAGUGGAAGCCAUACUGAAUGGUGAUGUUGACACAGGUGAAAGCCCAGAUUUACCUGCUCGACCCAGCCUUCUACGAUUAAAACUGGCUAUAAAAUAUGAAGUAAAAAAGUUUGUUGCCCAUCCCAACUGCCAGCAGCAGCUUGUGUCGAUUUGGUAUGAGAACCUAUCAGGAAUUCGGCAGCAAACCAUGGCUGUCAAAUUCCUGGUUGCCCUCGCUGUAGCCAUCGGCCUACCUUUCCUGGCCCUGGUUUACCUGAUUGCACCCUGCAGUAAGUUGGGAAAGGUCAUGCGGGGCCCCUUUAUGAAAUUUGUCAGCCACGCAGCCUCCUUCACCAUUUUCCUCGGCCUCCUGGUGUUUAAUGCCGCAGACCGCUUCGAGGGGACAGAUCUGCUCCCCAACACAACGGUUCAGGACCACCCCAAGCAGCUCUUUCGCAUGAAGACCACUUCCUUCACCUGGAUGGAAACACUCAUCAUUUCCUGGGUCAUAGGCAUGAUCUGGGCAGAAUGCAAAGAGAUUUGGUCACAGGGCCCACGGGAAUACCUCUUGGAACCAUGGAAUCUUCUAGAUUUUGGAAUGUUGGCGAUAUUUGUGGCAUCAUUCAUUGCAAGGUUUAUGGCAUUCUGGCAUGCGUGUGUAGCGCAGGGCUACGUCGACAGGCACUACACGGACCUGUCCAACAUAACACUGCCCUUUGAGAUUGAAUACUACAGGUUAGCACGCAACAAGUGGCUUCCUUCCGACCCACAGAUCGUUUCUGAGGCCCUGUACGCAGUGGCAGUCGUCCUCAGCUUCUCUCGUAUCGCGUAUAUCCUGCCGGCGAACGAGAGCUUGGGACCUCUGCAGAUAUCACUUGGACGAACAGUAAAAGAUAUCUUUAAGUUCAUGGUCAUUUUCAUCCUGGUAUUUUUAGCCUUCAUGAUCGGAAUGUUUAAUCUCUACUCAUACUACCUGGGAGCUAAGCAGAACGAUGCCUUCACAACAGUUGAAGAAAGCUUUAAAACAUUGUUUUGGGCAAUAUUUGGACUUUCUGAAGUGAAAUCUGUUGUUGUCAAUAAUGGACACAAGUUCAUCGAAAACACCGGCUACAUCCUCUAUGGAGUCUACAACGUCACCAUGGUGAUUGUCCUGCUCAACAUGCUCAUAGCCAUGAUCAACAGCUCCUUCCAGGAAAUUGAGGGUGAUGCUGAUGUGGAGUGGAAAUUUGCCAGAUCUAAGCUUUGGUUCUCGUACUUUGAGGAGGGCAGGACCCUUCCUGUGCCCUUUAACCUGAUCCCCAGCCCUAAAUCUGUGAUUAGCCUCUUUCUGUGGGUGAAGGAUCUCUUGUUGCAUGAACAUGAAGAGGAGGAGAAAGCUACUGCAGAGCUAAAUAAGCAAGGUCAAAAAAAUUAUGGAGCUUCUCCAUCUCUAAGCCGGUAUCAGAAGAUAAUGACACGUCUCAUAAAACGAUACGUUCUCAAAGCACAAACCGAUAAAGAAAGUGAUGAUGUGAAUGAAGGAGAACUCAAGGAGAUCAAACAGGACAUCUGCAGUUUACGUUAUGAGCUCCUCGAAGAGAAGCCGUACAGCACGAGAGACUUCGAGAUCAUUAUUAGAAGACUGGAAGAGAAACUGUCUGUUGUGCCCAAACAUUUCUGAGCAUCUUCGAUACGCAGAACUUCCUUCGUAUGGAUGCCAGCAUGGCACAUGGUGGCAUGCAUUCUGCUAAAAUUUCAAAGUAUUAACUUCCAAAUACCAGAGGGAUGGUUCCUAGUCUUCCUUCCACUGGCAAGAUAUAUUUACUUAUUUUCCUGGAUUUCAUUUUUCCUGAAGUUUAAGGUUGAAAAAAGUUUUUCGUUUUGAAUAUUAAUGUGAAGUUUGAACAGACACCGUUCCUGUAAUAUUAUGUAUUCCAAAGUACAGGUGUAUAAAACCAAAGGUUUCAUGUAUCCUUCUUCAAUGUUACUAUUUGAAAGAGGCAGAUACUAUGUAAAUUCCUUUCACUACUCAGUGAAUAUUUUGAUGCGGAAAGUAUAUUUUGGAAAAAAAAUCAAACUGUCUGUAUAGGAUAUGAACCAAGUUUCAUGUUUACAAGUUGUGGGUUAAUAGUAAUUUUUUAUCUUUUAUUAGGUUUAAGAAAGUUGACAUCUGGCCUAAAGUAAAUAUUCAGUUGGUUAACCAGUUUAGUGAUGUGGUGGUUACGGUUAGUUUCUGGCAAGACAGAUGUGUACAAAUGUGUUUCAGCAAUAGAGUUAUAGAAGUAAAUAAUAUGCUUCACCAGACAUAGACCACUAACUAACACAACAGGUUAUGUAAUUUGCUGAUAUUUAAAUGGGCAGUUCACCCCAAAACUAAAAAUAAAAUAUGUUUAGAGUGGCUUUAGUGCUUAUCUAUCCAUCUAGGCUGUUCUGCUGGGAGCUGCCCAGUGUUGCAGAUAUGGGCGGCGGAAAUGUCUGGCUUCUCUCGAAUAUAAUGUGACUGAAUAAUCACCACAGAAAGAUGACAACGCACCAGAAAUACCUUCCAGGAAACACAACAGCAAUGUCUCUUACCAGAAAUCAUGACCCGAUUACUGAAGAUAAUCCAGUGAUUUUGAAGUGAGCAGUUUAAAUUAGAAACUAUUUUCUAGCAAAACUAGAAAUGUUAUUUAAAAAUAGAAAUAUAAAGUUUCUUUAAUGAUACCUUUAGAAAUUUAACAAGGGAAGGUAAAUUUAUGUAGGACUGUAGCUCCAGGGUGGAUGUCGUAUAUGGGGGAGGAAAAGUUUAACGCAGCUGAAAAAGUUAUGAAAAAAGAUGUCAAAUAUUACUGGUAAUAGGUACACUGUGAUAUACAGAGUGUAGCAUGAAGAUCAGCAGUUUGGGAUGCUCCUUCAGAAUGUUUAGGGUCAUCUGGGAGGUUUUUAAACAUGCAUCCUACUCCCUUUCUGUAUUCCGGAGGCAUUUACAAAAAUGCAGUUAUAUUAGUAAAAACUUAAAAUAUUAACAAAAAUGUUUAAUGGAGAACAAGUCAGUAGGUUUGGUUUCCAACACUGGUAGGGACCAAAUCAAUCUCAGACACCCCCGCCCGCCUAAACACACGGCACUCUCAUAAUAUUGGCAAUGAUAUGUUCCAAUCAUCUACACCCAAAUCUACACCCUAGAUGGAGAGAGUACCAGUUGUCUUGAAGCCAUUUUAAAAACUCUGGUCCAUAUUCUUUUUAAAAUAUGUAAAGGAAGAACCCAAAAACGAAGUGCAUGCAAAUAUAUUAAACUCAAUUAAAUUCAUUCCAGACAUGGUUAAAAUUCUAAUGAUUCUAUACAAAGUACAUUUAACUACACUUUCACUGAAGUCCUUCUGUCAAAACUGUAAUUUGAAAACACUGCUUUAACAUUGUGGCAUGUUCAUAUAAUUUUUAAACUAAUAUUUUAGAAAUUGAAUAGAUUUUUUUUUUAUAUACUUAAAAAUGACUGAGGAUGACAAUGUUAAUUUAAUAUGUUCUGUAUUAUAACAGGUAUACGAAUAAUUUUUAAAAAAUUUUCUUACCACAGAAAUGUAUAUUUUUGUGGUACAAGAUUGAUGCUACCCCUGCUUUAAUAGAAUAAGAUAUGAAUUUUGUUAUAUUUUUUGCUGUGUGGCUAUUCAGACAUACUUCAGGUGAAAGACUUUACAAUGAAAGUAUUCUGGACAGUCAGUCGACUGAUGAAAAUAAGCUUGUAAGGGUAAAUUAGCAAGAUGCAUGUUUUUUUUUUACUAUUAAUUGUAUUUAUCAAUUUGUUUAUUCACACUUCCUAAGAGUAUUGUUUGACUGACUUCCUUAAAACUGUCACAUUUCUCUCACACACCACCAGACUGAACCGAUGAGGAACAUCAUUAAUAAAGUUCAUUGUCCAUUCUCACUGUGUCUUAAUAAGCAAGAUCUGGAUGCCAGGUACAGUGGUGGAUUUUUGGUCUUCCUUCGGUUUGUGAAAGUUCAUUUUAAAUAAAGGAACAAC